CCCACAGAAGGCUGUUUACGAAGAAAGCGGAGCUCCUCUGACAAAAACAAGGGCUGGGACUCCAGCGAGAGGAGCAGUGUGCCUGAUAGCACAGGCUCUUCAUCCAUUUUAAACAUUUUGAUAUGUUUAUACUUUUUACAUUUUUAGAGAAAACGCCACGGUAGAGCACCAUGUUGUGUGUUAAGUCAGUCCGUCAGCUCUGCAAAAUGUUUCUCUCCUUGCACGUUGUGUUCCUGAGCGUGGCCAUGGUGGAGAGCAGCGCAUCAAAUGGAAAUGAAAAAGAUUGCAUAACAUCCAAUGGUGUGGAAUACAGAGGGGAACAACAGAGUUCCUCCUCAGGACUGACUUGUCUUAACUGGACCAACACCACUAGAGACUAUGAUGUUAAACUCCAUCCUGAUUCACAGACAGGUGUGGGAGAUCACAAUUACUGCCGAAACCCAGACUCCUCUGAGAGGCCUUGGUGCUACAUUGCUGGCCCAGAUGGGACGGUCCAGAAACAAUUCUGUGCAAUUGACACAUGCAAAGAACCAGCCUCUACUGUAGCAGCACAGGCCGAAUCCCUCAAGCCGACAGCAACCGUUCCCUCCACAGAGAGCUUUCAGCUGGCCAAAUCAGGAGCCUCUCAGGGAAAAGUUGCUGCAGUGCAGCCAGUGAUGGGAAUAAGCCAGCGAGUGCACACAGGACCCAAAAAGAAAAAGGACCUUGGCACACUCGGCUACAUCAUCGGCAUCCUCAUGAUGGCGGUUAUAAUCAUUCUCGGAGUAGGCAUCACAUUUGGCUACUUCUAUAAGAGGGGUCAGGACUUAAAGAAGCAGCAUGAGCAACGAGUGUAUGAGCGCGAGAUGCAGAGGAUCACCCUGCCCCUGUCGGCUUUCUCCAACCCCACCUGUGAGCUGGUGGACGAAAACACCAUCGUGAUCACAGCGGAGCAAGAGACGAUCCCCAAUCAGGAGGGUGUGGAGGGUGUGGAGGGAGGGGAGCCUCUCAUGGGCCAGCAAGCCGGUACCCCCGGAGCAUGAGUAGGAGGCGAGUAGUCCUUAAACGCAGGACUAUGAUACAUUUUUGUGGACCAAAACACUUCUUCACAUCUUCAUUUCUCCUUUCUGCCUCCCUGCGUAACCUCUGCUUUAAAGGGAGUAGGGGAGCAGUGUUCGCUCCAAAGACUUGAACUGAAUGCUGUGUUCUUUGUGUCCCCUCACUUUGAUUUUUAUACAUCAGAGGCACAAGCUAGAUAAGCUGAGGACACACUCUUUAACAACUAGAAACCUUUAAGGUCAAUCUGUUGUGAAUGAAGAUUUGUCAUGAGGUCUUUAAUAUUAAUUUUGAUACAUUUGAUAACCAAGAAAAUAAGGUUAUGGACUGCCCCCUUCAAUAACAGUAUAAAUAGCUAGUUGAAUGGACUAGUCAGUGUUUAUAAUGGUGUGUAAUGACACCAAUUCUUUAUAAAGACAUGGUGUUUGGAAUGGGGGUUCAUAAUGUUUAGUUUUUUAGUAUGUUUGCAUGUGGAGAAGUUUCUCUCCACAGGAGGUUUCGUUUCUAUUGACCUGUUGGCUGUGCCGAGGGAGACGCGGAUAAGAAACUUUUUCUUGGUGACACAGAUGUGUCCAAAAAUAUCCUCCCCUGAGACAGGAUGAGGGGACAUGAGGUAAAACAGACCCACUAAAGACAAGGGAAGGCCUCUAACUCUGCCUUAGCAUGAUACUUCUGAAUGUAUUUGUUUAUUUUUUAACCCGGAUGAAUUUUCUUUCUCUUUAUACUCGACUGCCGAUGUAUUUACAAAGCAUGAUGGGCGGUCACUGGCUGAUAUGAAAGAGGACUUUUCUUCCUCAGGUUAAGGAGUGACAGGAAAUAAACAGAGUGCUCUCAGGAAGCAUGAGAGACAGUAGAUAGUCUUCAGGCAAAACAGCACUGCCACAAGGCAAAAGAGAAAUCGGAAAAAAAUAAAAAGUCUGUCUUUGUAGCGCAGGACAGCGAGUGUGUUGAAGUGCUGAAGAAGCCUAGAUUCAGACAUUUGAGUUAUGCACUUGAUGCUUCAGGGUGGAGACAGCGAUGGAGUAGAAUAGAAACAGUCCAAAGUUUGGUGUUGUUCAUUCAAAAACAUGAGUGCAUGCACAUGGUUACCUGCUGUAUGUUUGUAUUCAGGGGCCAUCUUUUUGCAUCCUAAAAAGUAGAACUACUGAUUGAAGAAGAAUAUUAGAAAAUAUCUGCCUGGAAAUAGAAAUGAUCUUACACAGAAGACUUUAGUUUGUUACACAUAAUGCACCGUUACUUCGAAGUGUGUUUGCUGUCACUCCACUUGAUCUUGUUUUGUGAUUAUUGCUGGAUCCACAUCACUGAUAAUCUUUGGUUACUGCUGCUCAAUUCUUUUAAGUGUUUGUGUGCUGGUUGUAACUAUUAUUUUCUUCAUAUAAGCAAUGUGUUUAAAAUAUUGUUAUUCAGCGUUUGUAUUUGUAUGAAUGAAUUUUCACUCCUGAGACUGAAAUAAAACAUCAAACUCAGA